UGGAGAAUGUGGACACAACCACACCACGGGGAACUGACAUACUGACAGAGAUACCAAUCAUGGCUGUACCACAAGUGUUUAUUUUGGCUGUAUUGGGUCUCCUUUGCUUACACCAAGGAGAAGCCAUUCAGUGUUAUGCUUGUUCAAGUAUGCAUGACUUCCGGUGCGCUGAUGACUUCCGUGUGACGCGAGCGGCCGCACAGCAAUGUACCGGAAGUUGCGUCAAGUACCGUGGUGUGCGUCCAACUCACGUUGGCGAGAUGGUAGAGAUCACACGAGGAUGUAUGCCACAACAGUCGUCCGUGGAGUGCCGCGACACACAACACAACGGCCUUGACGUCUACGGCUGCACGUGCAACACCGACUACUGUAACAACAGUCUGCGCAUGUCUGCGUCUAUAUCUGGUGUUUUUGUCACCGCUCUCCUUGCCCUUCUUCACAUAUAAAUUCAAAUAAUUGCUUCUGCCCUGAUUGUGUAUAGUUAUCAACUAUUGUAAAAUUGUGUAUAUACGUUGUGUGCUCGGAACGUAAUUCCAUGUGUAUCUAAAGGUAUAGAAAGUUGUAAAUAUAACACCUUUUGUACAUACAUUGCAGAAUAGACCUUGGCGCAUUUUGUAUUUUAUGAAAAUACGACACGUACUGUGGAAAAAUACAUAUUUCACAGUAAUUUCAUUUAUAUUUGUUGGAUAAUGUUUUUGUUUUGUCAGUUUAUUUCUUUUUUUAAUCUUCUGUAAAUCCCAGUUUGUCUGUGAUAAUAAAUUCCUGUACUUUC